AAGACCUGCGGAUUGAUCUACGCUGUAUUUUUGGGUAAAUACAAUCACGUGAGCGCCGGGAGCCAAUGGCGCGCUGGGAAAGGCUGAAAAAAUAAUUACCUGCCCUGAUUGUUCUAUGAGAAGAUAAAAAGUACACAUACAGUUCAUACAAUAAUCUUAUGAAUGUAAAAGAGGGGGGAACAAUGUCGGCGUCGGGUCCCAUAAGCAACUAUUAUGUAGAUUCCUUGAUUAGUCAUGAGAGCGAAGAACUGUUGGCGUCCAGGUUCCCAGCGACUGGCUCGCACCCCGCCGCGGCCAGACCUUCAGGAUUGGUACCGGAGUGCGCAGAUUUUCCAUCCUGCAGCUUUGCCCCCAAACCGGCCGUUUUUACUACUUCGUGGGCGCCCGUGCAUUCCCAGUCGUCCGUGGUCUACCACCCGUAUACCCACCAGCCUCACAUUGGAGCUGACACCCGAUAUAUGCGCACUUGGCUGGAGCCUAUCUCCGGCGCGGUCUCCUUCCCAGGUUUUCCAGCCAGCAGCCGGCACUACGGGCUUAAACCCGACGCCUUCCACGGCCGCAGGGACUGCGGACCGGUGGAUGGACGUAGUUAUCCGGAGUAUAUGUACGGAUCCCCGGGAGAUCUCAGGGACAGAACCCCGCAGACUAUUCCCUCCCCGGAAUCUGAGGCCAUCGCUUCCAACAAACACAAAGAAGAAAAGACCGAAUUGGACCCUAACAACCCCGUGGCCAACUGGAUCCACGCGCGCUCCACGAGGAAGAAAAGGUGUCCCUACACGAAGUACCAAACGCUGGAAUUGGAGAAAGAGUUCUUGUUCAAUAUGUACCUUACCCGGGACCGCCGUUACGAGGUGGCCCGGGUGCUUAAUCUCACGGAGCGCCAGGUGAAAAUCUGGUUUCAGAACAGGCGAAUGAAAAUGAAGAAAAUGAACAAGGAGAAAACCGAUUCGAAGGAGCAGCAGUGAAAUUGGCCGAGUCCCUCCGGCGG